UUCCCUUUUUUAAUUAAUUGAAUUCCUACAUUUUCGAUGUUAAGUUUUAUGUUUGAUUUGUGAAAUUGUUUUUGUUCAACUUGCUUUUGUGUUUGAUCUUAAUUUUUAGCAAUUCUUUAUUAAAAAAAUUCAAUUGCCAAUUUGAUUGAUUAGUUUGAUAGAUCAUUGAAUUAAUUGCCAAAGAUCUGUUAGUUUGAAAUUUUGUACGAAAUCAAUUGAUGUAUGCCGAUUAGGGUUUUGUUAAAAAGUAAAUUUAAUCAAAGAUGAACUCAAUUCCUACUUUAUGAUUUGUUGAUCAUGUUUUCAUUAUCUAAGUACAUAGAUUUUGUAUGCAGCUGGUCAACAUUUUAUAUGUGAUCCUAAUAUCAAAAAUGGAUCAUAGGCGAUUUGUGCAAUGCGAUCAAAUUGUCGAUUUAAAAAAGAGUUCCAUGAUUUAUAUGGGUUUAUCCUCUGCUCUAAUCCGCCUUGGUUGUACCAUGCUCAUGGUUCGGUGAAACUGUUUGCACAUAGAAUUGCAGAUAGCCCCGUUUUAUUUUACCGUUUGUCUCUUUAUGUUUGCUUCAUACCAUAAGUCUAUAAAUGAGAACGAGGCCGGACACCUCAUUAUUUUGGAUGCAUUACUUUUUAAGGCAAUCUUGAAGCCUAGGAGGGACGGAGGGAGUAAUUUAUACUGGCUAUAUUAUUUGCAUGUCUCGAGAUUAACUAAUAAUCGUAUACAAGUUGGGUUGAAAUUUGUUUUUUUUUCUUUCAUGUUUGAAGGGCAUUCUAACUCUGUUCUGGUUGCUUUUGGAUGGUCAAAUUUAGUAUGGCUCAAAAAGGAUCAAAGAAAACAAAGAGUGUUACCCCUCAAGUUGAUGUGCACUAUACUAGAUACAAGAAAAGGAAAAGCCUUAACAAUCAACCUGAUAUGAUUAGUGAUUUGCCUAAAGAUGUAUUAUACAGAAUCAUUGAACGCUUACCUCUUCGUGAUGCUGCAAGAAUGUCUAUUCUCUCACAUAAAUGGCAAAAGAUUUGGGCUUCAACCCCCCAUCUUGCUUUUGAUACUCACUUCUUUACAAGGGUCCUUAAAAAGAAAGUACCUGAAGCCCAUGAAUUUCUCGAAAUUGCGAGUAAAAUACUUUUUCAACAUGAUGGUCCUAUUCCAAAGUUGUCAUUAUGGGUUCCGGAACUGAAAUCUUGUCCAGAUGUUACUCACUGGAUAGCGUUUCUUUCACGAACGGGUCUUAGAGAAUUCGAUCUUUGUAAUAAGUACCGGACCCCUCUUAAGUUGAGCCCACAUCUCUUCUCUUGUAAGGACUUGGAAAAGUUGAUGCUUUAUCGCUGCAUAUUCAGUCUUCCUCUUAAUUUUAAGGGGUUUCCGAAGCUGACAAGCCUCAAGCUCUAUGGAAUCAACAUAGUAUACAACACACUCAAACAUCUGAUUGGAAGUUGCCCAUUACUACAGAAUUUAGUUUUAAAAGACUUUUCUGGUAUGGAGAAUAAACACAUCAUUGUUGAUGCUCCAAACCUCAGAAACUUGGUUAUUGAUGGUGUGUUUGGUUCACUUGAUGUUAAAGUUCCCGAGGAUCUUGUUUCAGCCUCAUUUGUUCUGCAGAAGUUAACAAUAAAUCGUCGUGAAGAGGAGAGUUCAUAUGAUCUGAUCAAUGCUCUUGCAAAUUCAAGUAGACUUGAAUGGCUUUGUCUAGGAGGUCAUAUUUGUAAGGUUUUGUUCGAAUCAUGCAGUCUUCCUAAUACUUGUCAGAAAUUGAAAAAUCUGGAAUUGCAGUCUCUCCAUUUGGAUGACCUUAAUGAUUUUUCUUCUGCGGUUAGCUGUUUACAGAGCUUUCCCAACAUUGAAACACUUAAUAUCUCUGUUAAUACAAGCAAAAGUCUGGAUGAACAUGUGUUGGUAUACAAUCCUGACUGUACAUUACACCACCUGCGUUGUGCUAAAAUUGGAAUUUGUAGUGGUUCUAGUACAGAGCUGAAGUUGAUUGAGUUUUUGUUAGAUUGCUCCCCUGUGCUUGAGAAAUUAUAUAUAUCAUUGACCAUGCCCCUAAAGCAGAGCCGCCACUCAAGGAUGACAUCGCAGUUGAACCGGUUUCGUAGAGCAUCACGAAAGGUAGAAGUUGUCUGUCCUGAGCGCAAAGUCUACCCAAAAGUUCCUGUAUCAGUAUCAUUUCCUUCCUCUUCGUCUGCUCAACAUAUUACUAUAGAUUCCUCGUCCUCUGAUGAUACCUACUAUUUAUAGUUACAUUUUCCUCAUCAGUUUGUGUUUUUUAUGUAGUGAAUUUUGUGAUUUUGUAGGUCUUGAAUUUUGUGAUCUGGAUUAGUUUAAUCAUUUUGUUAACGAUGUUCUGUAU